AUGGGGAAACUUUUGUUUUUUAUCGCUUUUCUUCUCUGUGUCAGCGGUACACUUCAAAACACAGAUAAAAGAAGUUCAAACAAGACAAAAAUCACAAGUCUUUUAAGUCCUGUGCUCAGAACAUUUAACGGAAGGUUUCGGCCCACUCCUGGAAAUGGGACACUCGCUCCUAAUUCAACUCAUCCCCCCCAUCUAGUACUAGAGUUACUAAGCAACAGCACAGUAGGGUACCUCAGCGGCACUCUGAGCACAAGGGUCAUCCCCAUUAUUUAUAUGUUUGCCAUCUCUGUCGGGAUCCCAGCCAACAUCGUCAUUCUGGGCACCUUGGCCACUAAAAUUCGGAAGGUGUCCUCGGCCAUCCUCUACUGCAGCCUGGCUGUCUCCGACCUCUUCCUCCUCGUCUCCCUCUUCUUCAAGGCUCACUAUCAUUUCCAUGGAAACAACUGGGUGCUGGGAGAGACUGCCUGUCGAGUGGUCACGGCUUGUUUCUAUGGCAACCUCUACUGCUCGGCCCAGACGCUGGCCUGCAUCAGCAUCAAGCGCUACCUGGCUUUAGUGCACCCGUUCAUGUACAGAAGCCUUCCCAAGAGGAUGUGCACGGCUUGGGUCAGCUUGGUGGUAUGGGGGGUUUUUGGUGCCGCCAUCGUCCCCGAGCUCCUCGUCCAGCAGACCUAUCAGGUCUUUGAGCUGGGCACCAUCACCUGCCAUGAUGUACUGCCUCUGGAUAAAAGCUCUCAUAACUUCCUGCUCUACUACAACCUUGUUCUAACCAUCUUUGGCCUCCUGGUGCCGCUGGUGAUCACUGUUGUGUGCUACGUUCGGAUCAUCUGUGAGCUCAACCAGUCACACCUCGACUGGGCGAUAUACAUCAAAGCCAGCUCAUUGGUGUUCGUCAUCUUCCUGGUGUGUUUCACCCCCGCUGGACUCCUGCAUUUCCUCCAUUACGUGCAAUUGUCUGUGAAUAGAGAAGGGAGUUUAUAUGUGUACUUCAAUGUGGCAGUGUGUCUGUGCAGCCUCCAUGCCUGCUUGGACCCCUUCCUGUUCCUCAUCAUGUCAAAGUCUGCAGGCUCCAGGGUUCACUUUAGGCCCUUUAAGGGAAAGACUGUGAGCAUAUCGAUCUGAGACGGAUAGCUAUGUUACUGUAAAGGCCCAUUUAUGCUUCAAACGAUGUUACCAUCACUGCUCACAUACUUCCAUGCGUCCUUUACGUUGGCAUGGAUGUUAACCAAUACAUCCACCAGGGGGCAGCACAGAGUCAAACGUUUAUGACAACAACAAACUCAAAAACAAACAUGGCGACUGUGGAGGAGAUAUUGAUAAUGUUCCUCUUGCAUAAAAGACAAAAACGAUAUGUUUAAAGUUUCUAACCAACUCGCAAAACCUUUCCUCAAAAAGUUCCUCCAGUGUUAUUUCUUCUUCUUGUCUCGCUAGAGCUACGUAUCGAGUAAUGACAGCAACA